AUGGCCGCCGCAGUUUCCUUAGUUGGCGCCGCCAAGGGUUGGGGGAAGCUUUGCUAUAUCUUCACCCGGGCAGGGAAGAGUAGUAGUCGCGCUUCUGGAGCAGUCACAUCAUGGAGAUGGCAGUGUAGUUCACACAGUGAGCAGGUAUCCAGUAAACCAGAUAUGCCUGAAUCAAUGGAUAAUCCUUAUAAGGAGCCGCUUAAAAAAUGCAUCUUGUGCGGAGUACAUGUUGAUUACAAGAAUGUUCAGCUUUUGUCUCAGUUUGUUUCGCCAUAUACUGGUCACAUUCUUGGGAAGCAUAUAACAGGCUUAUGUACAAAGAAACAGAAGGAGAUCUCAAAAGCGAUUAAAAGAGCUCAUAGGAUAGGAUUUAUGUCAGUUACAUAUAAGGACCCAACAUUCCUUAGUGAUCCUAAAAUAUGUAAUAUUAAAUAUCCAGAGUGAAGUAUGUUAAUUGUACCUAAUAUGUUUGUAA